AAGCGACUUAUGGGGCUGACGACCAGGUCUCCGCACUUGAGCGUGUUGCCUCAGAUGGGAAACGCUCUGACUCGUUCCGAUGCUUCAUGCCGACUGCGGCGACUGCGUCGGAGCUCGUCGAUGACCGAGUUGCCUCUAAACUACCACCCGGCCCAUCGCUUCUCGACAGAACAUCGUCCUCUCCCCGUCCCGAAGAAUUUGGCUCGCAAUCUGUCAAACGAAGCGAAGCGUCUUCAGAUCAGUCCAGCGAGCGUACGUCAGACCUCACAACCGAAAUUCUUCAUUGAGAGAAAAGGAAACUCCCGCCAGCUCAGACUAAGAACAACCAGUAACCUGUAACCAUGCGAGCACCAACUAACAACCCGAGGAUCUCCCCGCAAUGCGCCACCAUGAGCACCGCCACGUGCACGACCAGCACCAGCGGCAGUCACCACGACAGCAGCAUCUACGCGCGUGCGUGGCGGUUCGUGCAGCGUCGGCUGCAUCUCCGUCCACGAGCAUGUUCGUGUCCUGCAGACAUGGAGAACCGAGCGACUACGAAGACAGUAGAGACGCCAGAGGCUUCAAGUGUCGCGACCAAUAGCAACAGCUACUGCUGUGACUGGCAGCGCGUAUACAUGCUCAAGGAACUCGAGGAAGCUGGCGCUCGAGCACAAUGGCGACGACAGCGACAGUACCAGGAAUGCAUCAAGGAGACGGCAGAGUGGACACCCACAGACAUUCCGGCGUUCAGGACUCAAGCCCAGCGCAAGACCGCGCAGGUGACGUGCCAUAACUGCGGGCUGCUGUUCUUCCGCCCGCUGUCUGUAGCGUCGGACACAAGCGCGUUCUGCGGUCGCGACUGCCAGAGCACAUACGAAUACCGUCGAGAUCUACAAGACACUGUGAACGCGUGCGAGACGUUCCAGUCCACAGCCAACUGGACACGGAGCAGCGAGCUGUAGCAGACACAAGAGACAUACGACACUUUGAUCCAGUGUAGUGUAGAACCGAUUAUUUAUUCCAUGCAGAAGAAGUAAAGCGCAUUAAGAACAGUUGAUAUACAAGCAAACUGUUGCCUCUACACAGUCAACGACUCGAAGUGCAGUCGGUCAUCCUGCAGUGAGAUGGCCGUAGGUUUGUGCAGCUG